GCCAGAUUCCAGAUUCCAGAUUUCAAGAUUGCCCCAGAUUUUUAAUUCCCUCGAGAUAUUGAAGCAUAAACUGUUUGGUAUUGAUGCACCACACUUUGACCACCUGUCGAUAGUCGCCUUCUCAUCCGCUCUCCUGUUUUAUCAUCCACACACCCUCUCCCCGCCAUCAUGCCGCCGAAAGGAUCCAAAGGAGGCGACAAAUACUCCAUCAUCCUCCCCACCUAUAAUGAACGACAGAAUCUCCCUGUGCUAGUGCAAUUGAUUUCAGAUGUCUUUACCAAAGAGAAACUCAACUGGGAAAUCAUCAUUGUGGACGAUGCCUCGCCCGACGGCACACUGGAUCGAGCAAAAGAACUACAAAAGUCGUUUGGAUCGGACCACAUCGUGUUGAAGCCACGAGCAGGCAAACUCGGUCUAGGUACGGCCUAUGUCCACGGCCUGCAGUUUGUCAAUGGCAACUAUGUCAUUAUCAUGGACGCCGACUUCUCCCACCACCCCAAAUUCAUCCCCGAGUUCGUCAAGACGCAAAAAGCUACAAACGCCGAUAUCGUCACCGGCACUCGGUACCGAUCGAGAGACAACCUGAUUGGAGGUGUCUACGGCUGGGACGCCAAACGGAAGCUCACCAGCUGCGGCGCCAACAUUCUAGCCGACUUCCUCCUCAACCCCGGUGUCAGCGAUCUGACGGGUUCCUUCCGCUUGUACAAGAAAGAAGCCUUGGUCAAAGUCAUCACCGAAACCCAGAGCAAAGGAUAUACAUUCCAGAUGGAGAUGAUGGUCCGCGCCAAAGCUAUGGGGCUCAAGGUUGAAGAGGUUCCUAUCACCUUUGUCGAUCGACUGUAUGGUGAGAGCAAGCUUGGAGGUGAAGAGAUUGUCGAAUACCUCAAGGGCCUGGUCUGGCUGUGGUGGUCAGUUUGACCAUGACCACAAGAGAUUCCCGGCGCUGAACUCCCUUUCUGGCGUUGGAUUCCGCUAUUGUAUAAGAGGCUUACGGCCAUAGAAAUACACAGACUUUGUUUUACA